CUCUGAGGACAAGCAGCCAUGGGACUGAGGUGUGGGAUGAGGACCACCAAGUGCCAGCUGCUGGUGACCAGCCUCUGUGUCAUGCUGCUGGGGUUGUCCAUCGCCACGCUGAGCACCGUCACCCACUACGGCCUCCAUUUCACCCUCAUCAGUGACAUCUCUCUGGAGGGCAACUCCUACAGGGUCAUCCACCAUGCAGCUUUCUACUUGGGGAUCUGCUUGAGCAUGACCCUGAUCCUCGCUGCCCUGCUGAGCUCUGCUGCCACGGUGCGGGAAUCACAGUGCCUCACCGCCAUGGGGUUUUUCUGCUUUGCUCUGGCCUUCUGUGGCUUGCUCCCAGCUGCCUGCUGGAGAUACACACACAGCAGCGAGGUGGAAGACAGCAUGAUGGAUGUGUACGACCAUGUCUACGAGGAGGUGAGGAGGAACAACUCCAGCUCCAGGAGGCAUGACCUGACUGCCAUCCAUGAAGCAUUCCUGUGCUGUGGGAAACACUCUCCAUUUGGGGACACAGGCAACAUUGAGCAGAAGCUAUGCCCACCUGGGCAGGCCUGGGAUGCAGGACAGGAUUGCCUUCGAGGGAUCCAGCACUUCCUGAGGAAGCACAUGGACUUUGUCUCCACACUCCUGGGCAUCACCAUUGCCUUCAUGGUUUAUGGGAUGAUCCUGACUUCAUUCCUCUGGUUCUCCAUCCACUUCAGCAGCAACCUGGCCCGGAAAGGCAAAUACGUCCUGAGGCAGAGGUAGAAAUCUGCUGCCUGGGCAUCCUGAGCAGGCAGAGCCAGCUCUUGGUGCAAGAGGAGAUCUGAAGUCACCCAGCAGGGUGCUGCCUGGGGACAGGCAGUGGGGUGUGUCCUCUUCUGCACUACAAACUGCUGUGCUGGUGGAGCAGCUGAUGCUCAGCAGAGGAGUAGUCCCACACCUGCACAGAGAGCAGACAAGGACUGAGACAUAUGCCCAUGGGCUCAGAGGUGCAGAUCUCUUCACCAGGGGGUGGAUGGGGCUGGAUCUCCACAAGCAGGACACAAACCAGGCAAGAGGGCAAGAACCAAGAAAAGAGCCCAACAAAAAUCACAGCACAAAAGCAAACUUCUCUUGGGCUGUUGCUGAGCAGUUCCCUGUGGCCCCCAGGGGUGCAGUGCUUCAGGGAAUAUAGCUUUGGAUCACAGCCCAGGAGCAAUCUUGGGCUCUUUUGGCAAACACAUGGACACAAAGUGUGUCACUGCUGAUGGGAAAUGUGCUCUCCUAGCCUGGACAUUUGUAAUGGUUGACUUUGGCCACGUUUCUGCCCGUGCUCAAGUGUGUUGGCAUCCAACAGCUGUGGGCUGGUUUUCCCCUGUCCUCAAACAUUGCUGGAUUUACAGAGCUCUCAGUGGAGAUCAUGGGGGAAAAAAAAAAUCAGAAAGCAGUGCAGCAGCUUUGAAACAAAUGCUCAGCAUAAGGCCAUAUCCCUCUGUUAUUCCUCCCUGCUCAUGCAAUCCACCAUUAUUUUUUAAUUCCUAGGAUUUAGUCAACCUCCCAGAGCUUGCAGCCACACUGAUUUCACAGGUUUGCUCAGCCUCCAGCUGUAGCACUGUGUUUAUCUGGCUUCACUGACCCACUGUGCUCUUGUGCAACACAAAAGGACUUUGAUACUGCACAUACAGGCAGGACUGAAGCUUAAACCUGUAAGAGGACAGGAGUGAUCUUCAGCCAGGUCACAAAAGCCAAUGUCCAUCUGCAUGUCCUCUUUACAUCACCCCAUCAACAGCAAACAGAAAUCUAAGAAGCCUCAAUCCACUGAAGAGCUCAGCUCUCAGUCUACCUAGAAACAGCUCCCUGGUGUGCUUUGCCCUCAUUGCAAGGAGGCAGAGCCACUGCUGAACUGAAACUCAUCACUGCAAUGGGUUUAGGACCUGCUGGAAAAGCUUCUGUGGCCAGGUGGAACCAACAACAGCUUUCAUCCUCCUCCUUCAUUGUGGUGUUCAGUCAGGAGGUUGUUCAGCCUGGAGAAAAGGAGGCUUGGGGGAGACCUCACUCUCUACAACUCCCUGAAAAGGAGGUGGUAGUGAGCUGGGUGUUGGUCUCUUGGGGCUGUUUCCUCUUGUCACUAGGCAGAAGUUGUGCCAGGGGAGAUUUAGGUUGGACUUUAGGGAAAAUUUCUUCCCUGAAGGGUUGUCAAGGCCUGGAACAGGCUCCCCAGGGCAGUGGUGGAGUCCCCACCCCUGGAGGGAUUUAAAAGCUGUGCAGGUGUGAGACUAAGGGAUGUGGUUUAGUGGUAACUUGGCAAUGCUAGGUCAGCAGUUGGACUUGGUGAUCUUAAAGGUCUCUUCCAACCACAACAAUUCUACCAUUCCCUGAAAACCAGUAAGUAGCAAUUGUUUAUGGAGAUAAAUGUGGAAGUCCCCCUGCUGAUGUUCAGGACAGGUCCUGAUCCUCAGGCAGGGGUUGCUACCUAUACAAGAACAGCAGUCCAGCCUGCAGCACCUGGUUGGCAUUUGAGCAUGGAAAGAAUUGUGUUGAGGGGGUGGGAAAGGGCUCUCACUCCUCAGCCUACUCUCCUGGAACCAGAAGAGCUUCACCACUGACUCCACUGGGAAGAAGGAUGAAGUUCAGACUGCUCCAGAGUAUUACCCCAGCUACCUCCUGGCAGUCACCAAGGCACCUUGGUGUAGUAGUGAUGUGCAUGACCCACCUGCAGCAGUGGGGAAAGAUUCACUUAGCUGUAGCUGUCUGUUCUUAAGUAUAUCACUCCCUGGAGAGAGACAAUCUCUCUUGUGAGCUCCAGCUGCUAUUGUCCAGGCCACUGCCAUUGUUAUCCCUCAGACCA